AUGUAUCACUCCGCGCGCCGUCCGUUCAAGGAAACCGAGGCGGAGCGUCCGCCGUUCGACCAUGAACGGUCGUUUGAUAUGAUGCAGACGCCUGAUACGCAAUUCAAGGUCGGGCAGGGGCUGAACAAGCUACCCAACGCACACAAGUUUGCACACGACAACGCUGAAUGGCGGGACAUUAUCCCCGAGUCUCUCGGUUUAGGCGAACGAUACAAGCUGCUAGUAACAGCCAUAACGCCUCGUCCUGUCGCCUUUGUUUCGUCCAUGAGCAAGGAGGGGCACCACAACCUCGCCCCGUUCUCGUACUUUAACAUGGUGUCGCAUAACCCGCCGACGAUCAUGGUGUCGAUACAGAAUAACCCGUCCGGGCGGGACGGGAAGAAAGGUAUUCGCCAGUCUGACACGAUUACACCCCCGUUCGUCGCCGAGUCAGCGUUCUCGAUGGAAUGCGAGCUGGUCCAUUCGCACGAAAUCGUCAGUGACGACAAGUCGAUCGUGUACACCAUGGUGCUUGGGCGCGUCAAGCGGAUCCACGCGAAAGAGUUUAUCUUUGACCCAAAGGACAAGUAUCGGGUUUUGCCAGAGGCCCUGAUGCCCGUGGCGCGUCUUGGAGGCUUAACCUUUGCGCGUGUGGUCCAGGGAUACGACCUGGCGCGUCCACGUUGGGAAGAGGUCAAGGAUACUGACGAGGCCAAGGAUGCAAUGGGCAGGCUCUAA